ACUCCGCCUCACGCGGCCGGAAGUUCCGGAGGCGGUCGCCGGACGGGCCCGAGCGGAUCGCGGGCUCGGGCUGCGAGCUUGUGCUGCGGGCACAGGACGGGCCGGGAGCGGAGUCUGGGAGCGGAGCCCAGGCUGUGCCGCGCGGCGCCAUGAAGGGCAAAGAGGAGAAGGAGGGCGGCGCGCGGCUGGGCGCCGCUGGCGGAAGCCCGGAGAAGAGCCCGAGUGCGCAGGAGCUCAAGGAGCAGGGCAACCGGCUCUUCGUGGGCCGCAAGUAUCCGGAGGCGGCGGCCUGCUACGGCCGCGCCAUCACCCGGAAUCCCCUGGUGGCAGUGUAUUACACCAACCGGGCACUGUGCUACCUGAAGAUGCAGCAGCAUGAGCAGGCCCUGGCUGACUGCAGGCGUGCCCUGGAGCUGGAUGGACAGUCUGUGAAGGCACACUUCUUCCUUGGGCAAUGCCAGUUGGAGAUGGAGAGCUACGACGAGGCGAUUGCCAACCUGCAGCGAGCCUACAAUCUAGCUAAAGAGCAGCGGCUCAACUUUGGGGAUGACAUCCCCAGUGCUCUGCGCAUUGCCAAAAAGAAGCGCUGGAACAGCAUUGAGGAGCGGCGUAUCCACCAGGAGAACGAGCUGCACUCCUACCUCACGCGACUCAUUGUGGCUGAGCGUGAGAGGGAACUGGAAGAGUGUCAGCGGAACCAUGAGGGUGAUGAAGACGAUGGCCACAUCCGGGCCCAGCAGGCCUGCAUCGAGGCCAAGCACGACAAGUACUUAGCAGACAUGGAUGAGCUCUUCUCCCAGGUGGAUGAGAAGAGAAAGAAGCGAGAUAUCCCUGACUAUCUGUGUGGCAAAAUCAGCUUUGAGUUGAUGCGGGAGCCGUGCAUCACACCUAGUGGCAUCACCUAUGACCGAAAGGACAUUGAGGAGCACCUGCAGCGUGUGGGCCACUUUGACCCUGUGACCCGGAGCCCUCUGACCCAGGAACAGCUCAUCCCCAACCUGGCCAUGAAAGAGGUCAUCGAUGCGUUCAUCUCUGAAAAUGGCUGGGUGGAGGACUACUGAGGGCAAGUG